AUGUUCAAGAGGCGUGUUGUUAAAAAGACUUCGGUCAAUAAAAGGCAGCGGAUAAACGAUGAGACGAUACCCAUAAAUAACAAUGAUGAUUCUUCAGUAAAACCAGAGAUUAAUGACGAUAAAAAGGACGAGAACGAUAACGGAUCGAUUGAAAGCAAUGAGACGUAUUUAGCGAAAGAGAAAGAUGAACAUACACGUGAGAUAGAGCUGCGAAGAAAAGAACGUUUGGAUUUACAACAAGAGGUGGAUGAAGAAAUAGAGCGACAAAUAAAGAAUAAACCAUCAGGAUUUGUGAAACCUAUAAGCAAAAAUAUGAAAACAGUAACAGUAACAGAUUAUCAACCGGAUAUUUGUAAGGAUUUCCAAAAAACAGGGUUUUGUGGGUAUGGUGACAGUUGUAAAUUUUUACAUUCUCGUGAUGACUUUGCUGGCGGGUGGAAACUCAAUACGGAUUGGCAGGUAGACGGAUCCAAAGAGAAAGAGCUACUUGAUGAUUUAAUUUCUGAAGAGAUUCCAUUUAAGUGCGUGGUUUGUGAGGGCGAAUAUAAGAAUCCAGUAAAGACGAAAUGUAACCAUUAUUUUUGCAGUUCCUGCUUCAUGAACAAGAUGAAAACAUCAACUAAAUGCCCUGUUUGCGGGAAGGAAACAGAGGGUGUUGCAAAAAUGGCUACUAAUUUAAAGAAUCUACUCAAAAAGAAGUAA